UUUGAUUCGCGCCGAAACUGGUCAAACAUAGCGCACGAGCCAAAAAAAAGUCCCCUACCCGACCGGCUAAUUAACCUUUCCCACCGUGUCUCCUAGGGAGCAAUGGACCGCAUGGAUUGGCGCUCUUGCUUUCGUCCCAAAUCACCCAGUUGACUCAAUUGAACACCACAGCAUUGUCGGGAAUAUUUUGAAAGAAUAAUUAUGGCUUGUGCUAUGUAGAGCUGGUCGGGAGCUUCCCGCCACAUGCAUUCACCCGACGGCCAGCAAAUCACGUCAAACAUCUAAACAUAAACAUGAACACAGCGACCGUUUCAUUGGCCGUCACCCCGACGGUGGUGUCGACUUUCGUGACCCAUUUCUUAAAUCGCAAACCUUUACGUCAACGUCCGACUGCGCAUCUUCCAUAUGAUGAGGGUCUGCAUCUCAUCAAAGCCUUUCUCGAGUUUGCGUCUAAACACACUGUCGAAGAACUCCAGGCCUUCACAGCCCAGUGGGUUCCACAUCCCCAAUGGGUGAAAGUCGAGGAGAUCAACAUCCCAGAGCCUCAGUCGCUCCGGGCAGCCUCCCUUCUCGAGGAACAACUCGGGCCCGAGGGUAUCCGCGCAGUGGGCGGCACCAAGUGGUGGCAAUGGCGUAAGCCAAAGAGUCCCCUCCGGGCCGAAUGGGUUGAGAUGCGUUCCGACUACCGUCGAAGGAAGGAGGACGCACAACCCUGCAAGCGGAUCAUGCUGUACAUACACGGAGGUGCCUACUUCUUUGGCAGCGUCGAUGAGCAUCGAUACCAGAUCCAAAGACACGCCCGAAAGCUCAAGGCACGCGUCAUUGCCCCUCGUUAUCGUUUGGCGCCCCAGUUCCCCUUCCCAUGUGGGCUCCAGGACUGCUUGGCUACCUAUUUAUACCUGCUAGAGGCUGGCCAUGCGCCCAACACGAUUAUACUUGCGGGUGAUUCCGCAGGAGGUGGCAUGGUCCUCUCUGUUCUGGUAACUCUGAGAGACCGCGGGAUCGCACUACCAGCAGGGGCGGUGCUUAUAAGCCCAUGGGUGGACCUAACGCACUCGUUUCCCAGUGUUGCCAUUCCUUCGGAUAUGGACUACAUUCCGCAGUAUGGAUUCCACCACAAGCCUUCGGAGUCCUGGCCACCACCAACUACAGAGGAGGUCAGGAAGAUGAAAGCCACCAGGGCUGAUAACAAUGGGGAAUCGGAGAAAGGUGGGGUUGAUCCUUCAGCAAAGGCGCGGCGUUAUUUGUUCAGGACUGACGAUGCUACUCACAUAGGCGGAACCAACUUAGCGGACACUUCGGCAGCAGAGGACAACGAGAUUCAUCUUUCGGUGACCAUCAAUGGCAAAUCAGUGCAAAUUGAGGAGCAAAUUCAAAUGUAUACAACAAACGAUCUGCUCAAACACCCUCUAGUUAGCCCGGUAAUGCAGCCUACCCUUGGUGGCCUUCCUCCACUAUUCAUUAUGACUGGUGGCGGCGAAGUACUUCGUGAUGAGCAGAUUUAUCUCGCUCACAAGUGUGCAAAUCCGAGCAAAUACAUGCCCCCUGAAGCCCUUCUCACCGACGCCGACAGGGCUUUGAUAGAACACUACAAGCCCACCGACGUUCAGCUACAGGUCUGGGAUGACAUGUGUCAUGUUGCUCCAACCCUCAGCUUCACCCGGCCAGCCAAGUUCAUGUAUCGAUCUAUUGCCCAGUUUGGUGCUUGGGCUCUUGCGCGCGCACAACGAACGGAAAUAGACAUUCUUGCCGACGAUACCGUAUCGGUUGUUUCUUCGUCCUCCGAAUCUGGUGGCGAAAAUGGACGUAGUGGUAAUGGAAACGCGCAUGGUACAACGUCUUCUCAAAAUAAAGAUACUCCAGGCAGCGUUGGAAAAGCUGGCGACCCUUUGCCGCACUUCCAAGACCAUAUGAUCCGACAGAGGGUUGAUAGACAUGGACACGUCUACCCACUGGCCCCAGCUUCGGAGCUCCCGGGAUGCUGCAUGGAUCGUGAUCUGAUCGGAACAGCCAAGGAAGGACCGGUUAGCAAGUGGCUCGAGGCCAACAACAAGUUUUCCAAAAAGUACAGCAACACGGCCAAGAAAGUCCAAAAGAAUCGCAUGAAGCAGGCUGAGGCCGGGUUUGAAAGCUUUGGCACCGGAGAGCAUCCACCCCCGAGUGCCCUGGCCGGGCGGAGGAGGAUUGGCGCCGACCUUUCGGAAAAGAAAAAGACACGCAGCAUGGGAUUGUCACUGUGGUCUCUCUGGGGAUCCAAACAUGACGAGCUCACGGUCAACAGAGAAGAGAAAGCGGAUUCACCCGAAACAAAGGCUCCAGCGCCGGGAGAGGGCACGGGUGCCCGUAAGUUCUCAGAACUCCAGCAGCAAGAGGGGCCAUCCUCGCCCCAGUCACACAGCCAGCAGAAAAGCAUGGCUGUCAAGGAAGAUAAUCAGGCCGGAGGUGGUCAAGAGGCCGCCGAGGCCGAAGCCACACCAGUCGCCAAUUUGAUCGCUCAAAGACGGGAGAAGGAGGCCGAAGCGGCCGGUGGGUCUGGCCUGCUUUCCGUGCCAGAUGCUGUGACGGGUGCCACCGGAAAACGUCCCACCGUGGAUGGGAUCUCAGUCCCAUUCUCGCUAAAUAAGGAGGCAGACACGGCGAGCAUGAUGACCUUGACAUCAGUAAUGGAUACCGGCGCCGCGAAUGGGCAAACAGACCUGCCGAUGAGCCCAACGACGACAUCGUCGAUCAAGGAUCUCACUAAUGCACAGAGAAGCCGACCAACAACCUCGGAGAAUGUAGGAACAGCAGUUGGGGAUGGCCCUUCACGCAACGCCAAGGAUCAAGUGGCUCCAGCCGAGGACAACACACUUGCAUCGCCGGGCUUCUAUGAAACGCCAAUGUCUUCGCCUAAUCUGGAAGGACGCCCACAACUGGAGAAGUUCAUCACCGCUGAUGAAGGUCUGCCUAGGCAUCACUGACACAACUAAACCUAUUCUCUUUUGUCUUUACAUCAGCUUGCUAUCAUAUUUGUAAUGCUAACUGUCUUCGACACAGUCUGUAAUUUUUUCUUUGUUUGAUUUUCCACCCAUGCCAAAAACAACAGGCUUGCUCAACACAUUCAUUGGAAAUUGGUGGUUGGAAAACAGAACGCAUCCUCUUGUGUAAUAGUCCCAAGGGACCUGUCCUUUGAUUUGUACAGUUGUCUAAAUUAGACCAAUACUUGCUAGUAUAAUAAUACAAGUUUCGUUCAACAGUGUCGGUCUCUGCUCUAUGUUUGUUGUACAUUUUUGCAACCAAAGCAUUGGCUGCUUUUUUUUCAUCCAAUGGUAACUUGCCCGCACCUUCAAUGCCAGCGCUUGAGAAACAAUUUGCCGAUAUUGAGUAGCAAAGGUUGUUACUUGUAUUCGUUCGGUUCAAUAAUCCCCGAAAGUCCCCAAACUUCAACAGCUUUCUUUCUUUCUGAACAGCACGACCCCCCGACCCGUCGUCUUCAUAUCCUGCCAUCCGCUCGUACUCAGUCAAAGCCGUUCUCGGCCUUCCACCUGCUCAGGUAAAGCUCAGGGCUCUUGGGGCCCGCCAGUCCUUGUCCCUGGUAAGAGCCGAAACCGAAGGUGGGACUCAUCUUCUUGGUGACGAAGGGGGAAAGCUGGAGUCGUCCAGGUUCUUUGGCACGACGUACGUCCUGACCUUGUCAAACUCGACAAUAUAGCCUCCGUACUUUGUGUGCCGACCCAUCGAUCCAGUACCCGUUCCCUUGUAGAAGCCCUUGUUGGCGUCCUUGGUCGUCAACCGGAACUUGCGGAAGACACCCUUCAUGAGAAGGCGUUGUGUUGGCUGCAUUUUUUUUUUACUGUCUGUUGAUGUCGAGGGAUGGGCUCGUGUGAUUCGUAGCGGUCGCAAUAGCCUCGCCUAAUGAGCUGGCUCCCUGCCUGCCUGCCUGCCUGAAUGUAUUCGCUAUCGUACGUCGGGUGGUAAGUUGUUUCGUAUCGGUUUUUUUUUUUUUGGGGUUUUUUUGCGGCGGUAGG